CAACAAAUAUGGCGGACAUAAGGCCUUCCGGCAAAUACUGUCCAACUGUUAGAAAUAGCGAAGACUUCUUGGUGUGGAUUUAUCGAGCGAAAGAGAUAAUCAAUGGAAAAAUAUGGCUGCAAGUACCUCAAGGGCCCUGACCAAGAAAUUUGGUGGUGAUGUCUUGGAACAAUUUUGAAGAGUUUAAGAGAUUUUCCAGAAAUAGUGGAAAUAUUAGGAAAAAGAGGCCUGCGUCAAGUGUUGACUGGCAAAAAUCAUCGACAUGGAAGAGACGACAAACAAGCAGUGACUCAAUUUCUUAUGUGUCUAACCCUGAAAAUGUCACUGUGAUUGAGGGCUUUUCCACUGAUGAAGAAGAUGAUGAUGUGCAUUUAGAUUCUGACUCAGAUUCCACUUUGUGCUUAUCAAGGAAGCUAGGUAAACCUUCCAUCAAGAGAAAGUAUUCUGAUUGGAAAGCUCUCACAGAGAAAAGAGUUUCAGCAUCAGGUGGUCAGGACUUGAGUUAUGCUGACCCCACACCAAACAGAAGGGAUGGAGGAGAUUAUAAACACAGUGAAUUCAUACCUGAUGGAGCUCAUGAGCUGCUACAGUGUUCAAACACACCGACUGAGGAUGAAAUAUUCUGGUGUGCAAGUGAUGAAGAAGGUAAUCUGAAAUAA